GCAGUGCAUGGGGAGACCGUAGCGCGAUCUCCUGCAACGACUCCGCCUGCCGUUGCGCCCGUGGCGAGCCUCCUCCACCACAUGUCCAAGAAGCCAACCAUCGGCGCCGGGGACGCCACGCUCCUGAAGCUGCACCAGCAGGGCCCGCCUUGCGCCUACGCGUACCCCGCUCCUAACCCGUGCCUCCUCCUUAUCCAACUCCAGCAGGAUGAGUUCCCGCACGCCGCCGUGGCAUCCAUGCGGUCCGCUUGCCCGACCGUAGUCGUCGGUGGCGGUCGAGAACCCGCUGGACGUCGCAAGGUUUAGCUUGAGGAUGGCAUGGAAAUCGUAGCAUUGAAGCCCUGUGCUCUCACGACCGUGGAAGGUUCUUGGCCAUGUCGCUGGCGAGGCAUUAGAUCUCUGCAUCGAAACCUCCCUGUCUCCAUCGUCAACGUCUUUGCAACCUCCUUGGCUCCCUCCUCUACACCUCCAACUAAGGUAGACUAACAGGCCUCAUACUUGUCCAAUUUUUUUUACAUUGUUUGUGCUUGUGUUGCAUCUCCUAUAUUACUUGCUGCUGCUGUUGUUCACUUUAGCAAAGCUGUGGUUAGACUUUAGAGUUAGUCGAAAGUAUAUUUUGUGAUGUCAAUGUCAAUCCUCUUUAUUGCUGCUUGUGUUGCUCAUGGUGUGCUGCUGCUGUAUGAUUGCUCUUAUUCUAGCCUCUUAUUGUCGUAUUAUUUUGUGAUUUAGGCCUUAUAGUUAUUUGGAAUGAAUAUUUCUGAUUCAGACGAGGAAGAAGAGGAGAUGAUUUUUUUAGUUUUUCCAGCACAAUAUCUUCUCUUCAAGAAAACUAAAAUUCCAAUGAAUACCUCCAUUCUCAUGGGUCCGAAGUAUAUCCAAGAGUUACUUGAUGGCCAUCCCACUAGAUGCUAUGAUGUUUUAAGAGUACUCAAUUUCAAGAUGCUUAGAAGUGUUAAAUGCAAUGGACGAUGUGUACGAUGAUAUCAAGGUCCUGGCCUCUGAUGUUUUCGAAGAUGCGGCAAACCGUGAGCUUUUUCUGUGCUAUCACUCAAAACUUUGUUGUUUGUGGUUGAAGAAGGAGGUGGUGAAGCUGGAGUUCAGUUGCCUGCUUGUAAGUUGUUCUUGCCUCUUCUUCUACUGCACAUAGAUGAUGUACAUGUUAUUUGCUGCUGCUGCCAUUCUGAUGCCCUCCCAAUUAUGCUCUGCAAAUAGGAAUUGUUAGGGAUUGGUAGGACAGGUCGAUGCUAAUAUGCUGCCAUUAUUGGGAGAGGUUUGUGGUUAUGUGAAAUGGUGUCCUAGCUACAACAUGUAGAAUGCCGUAGACUCUAGGUUUUGUCUAGGCUUUAAGCAUCAGAUUCUUUUUCUGGUAGUCUAAGAAGGGGAUGACUGAAGAUGAAAUUUUGACAUGUACCUCAUUUAAAAAAAAUAGUUUACUUAGCAGGUAACACUUCAGAGCUAGAUCUUGGACACAAGACUCAGUGGGAUGAGUACAUCGAGCAUAUUAUCUUCCCAGGUAGUAAUUCGUCAGAUUUUCUUUGGGAACCUGAGAUGUAUCCACCUAGGUCGCUGGGAUCCCGAUCGGGCCUCGCUAAAUUCUCAGCUCACUUACCUGUUCAUAUGACAUGCACAAUUCUUUUGUAUUGUGGUAUGAGUAACUACCCGCAAAAAAAAGGUACUCCCUCCGUCCAACAAAAGAUGUCUCAAGUUUGUCAAAAUUUGGAUGUAUCUAGACAUGACUUAGUGUAUAGAUGCAUUCAAAUUUAGUCAAAGUUGAGACAUCCUUUGUUGGACGGAGGAAGUAUAAUAAUCUACAUACAGUUUCAGUAACAGUUUUUCCUACUGUCUUUCCUACGCUGGUUCCUAAUGGACAUGUUACUUCUAUAAUUCUUGGUGUUUCUUGCAAAAAUGAUAGUUAAAAAUCAACUAGAAUGAAAAAUGAACUACUAAUAGUAAGCACGGUACAAUAGUAUUAUGUAGUUCCUACUAAUUGUGGUAAACAAAACGCUUAAUCACCCAGAGAUGUUUAUCAGAUAUUCUUUUUCUAGUAAACUUUUACCACAGGUUGGUCCCAUAAUAAAUGUCGUCUUGAUGCAUCCUCGUGUCAUGCCAAAUAGCGGUGGAGUGCUGCUAGGUGACAAGUGUCAUAAGAGGUAACGGCAGGUGAGCUGCAUGGUUCGCCGUGGAGUUAGUGCUCCACAUUGAACCAGUCCAUGAACCCGGCGCCUCCUGGCCUAUAAAUCUUCACCUCCCCACCCUUGAGCAGGCACAGAGCACUUGCACCGCCAGCUAGCAAACCAUCAUGGUUGAAACCCAGCAGUCUGUGCCUCCUGUGCCCAAGGCCACACUCUCCAAUGAGGAGUGUCUCCAGGCGCACGUUGAGCUUUGGAACCUCACCUACAGCUAUCUCAAGUCCAUGGCGCUUGACUGUGCCAUCAAGCUCGGGAUCCCCACCGCCAUCUACCGCUGCGGCUGCGCCGCCUCGCUACCUGACCUGCUCGCCACCAUCCCAGUUCCAGACAGCAAGAAGCCCCACCUCCCUCGCCUCAUGAGGUUCCUCGCCGCGAUAGGUAUCGUUACCGUUGAGGCAGCAUCUGGCAUCUACGGCCUCACACCGGUGUCCCGCCUCCUCGUGGAUGACAAUAGCGUCCAGGGCCUCUCGUCGUUCGUGCUGUCCCAGACCAACAAGUACCACGUGACGGCGGCCCUGUCCCUCCCCGACUGGUUCAUGAGCGACGAAGGCACCGCCAGUGUGGACAUGCCAUUCAGGAUGGCACACGGCAUGGACCCGCAGGGGGUCAUGGCGCGUGACCCCAAGAUCAACCAACUCUUAAACGACGGCCCCACGGUGGACACCGACCUGGUCAUGGACUUCAUCCUCACCAACUGUGGCGAGGUGUUCGAGGGGGUCACCUCGCUGGUCGACGCCACCGGCGAGACGGGCACCGCCGCAAGGGCCAUCGCCAAGGCCUUCCCACGCAUCAAGUGCUCCGUGUUUGACCUUGCAAACAUCAUCAAAUCUGUCCCGGCCGACGGCGUGGUCGAGGACAUCAUAGGUGACAUGAUGGAAUCCAUACCACCCACUGAUGCUGUGUUCCUCAAGUAUGUGCUGCAUGAUUGGGAUGACAAUAUCUGCGUGAAGAUCCUGAAGCAGUGCAACAAGGUGAUCCCGGAAUCAGGGGGCAAAGUUAUCAUCGUCGAUAGUGUCGUCGGGUCUACUAAUUCCAAUUCCAAAGCCAUGUUUGAAGGCCAUGUCCUGCUGGAUCUGCUGAUGAUGGUGGUGACGGCAGGGAAGGAGCGUGAUGAGCAGGAGUGGCGCAAGAUAUUCAUGGAUGCAGGGUUCAGCAACUACAAGACAAAGCCCGUUCUCGGGUUUUUAUCCAUCAUCGAGCUGUAUCCUUAGCCUUAUGCAUGAGCAUGAUUACAGCUAGCUGUCAAACGGACGUUUGCUAAAAAUUUUCCUAGGGGCUAGUAUCUAUCGUCAGCAACAGCGUGCUCGCUAGCCACUUAGUAAUGGCUUACCAUAUCUGUAUGAUCUGUUGCUUGACUGGAUUCGAGUAAUAAAAUUAAUCUUUGCGCAGCAAUAAAUUCUUUUGUCUCA